GCGUAUAUUUUCACGCGCAUCCGCCCUUCUCGCGUUGAAUUUUUUUCUCUUCCCCAUACAAAGUCUGCAAAUUAAGCUGCUUUUUUGCUACUCACAUAAUUCACAAUGGCUGAGACUGAACAAUUUGAAUUUCAGGCGGAGAUCUCGCAGUUGAUGAGCUUGAUCAUCAACACCGUCUACUCGAACAAGGAAAUCUUCCUGCGAGAACUGAUCUCCAACUGCUCGGAUGCUCUCGACAAGAUCCGCUACGAGGCUCUUUCUGAUCCCUCCAAGCUCGAGACCGAGCCCGAGCUCUACAUCCGCAUCACCCCCAAGCCCGAGCAAGGAAUCCUCGAGCUCCGUGAUACCGGUAUCGGUAUGACCAAGGCUGACCUCGUCAACAACCUCGGAACCAUCGCCAAGUCUGGCACCAAGGCCUUCAUGGAGGCUCUCUCCGCCGGUGCUGAUGUCUCGAUGAUCGGUCAGUUCGGUGUCGGUUUCUACUCCCUCUUCCUUGUCGCCGACCGUGUCCAGGUCAUCUCCAAGCACAACGACGACGAGCAGUACAUCUGGGAGUCGUCUGCUGGCGGCCGAUUCACCAUCACCCUCGACACCGAGAACGAGAGAAUCUCCCGCGGUACCAUCAUCCGUCUCUUCAUGAAGGAGGACCAGAAGGAGUACCUCGAGGAGAAGCGCAUCAAGGACAUUGUCAAGCGCCACUCUGAGUUCGUUGCCUACCCCAUCCAGCUCGUCGUCACCAAGGAGGUCGAGAAGGACGCUCCCGAGGAGGAGGAGGAGGAGAAGGUCGACGACGACAAGGCCCCCAAGAUCGAGGAGGUCGACGAGGAGGAGGAGGAGAAGAAGAAGGAGUCCAAGAAGAUCAAGGAGAUCGUCACCGAGAACGAGGAGCUCAACAAGACCAAGCCCCUGUGGACUCGCAACCCCUCCGACAUCACCGAGGAGGAGUACGCUGCUUUCUACAAGUCGAUCUCCAACGACUGGGAGGACCACCUUGCCGUCAAGCACUUCUCUGUCGAGGGUCAGCUCGAGUUCCGUGCCAUCCUCUUCGUUCCUCGUCGUGCUCCCUUCGACCUCUUCGAGUCUAAGAAGAAGAAGAACAACAUCAAGCUCUACGUCCGCCGCGUCUUCAUCACCGACGACUGCGAGGAGCUCAUUCCCGAGUGGCUCGGAUUCGUCCGUGGUGUUGUCGACUCUGAGGACCUUCCUCUCAACCUGUCGCGUGAGUUGCUGCAGCAGAACAAGAUCCUCAAGGUCAUCCGCAAGAACAUUGUCAAGAAGACCCUCGAGAUGUUCACCGAGAUCGCCGAGGACCGUGAGCAGUUUGACAAGUUCUACACUGCCUUCUCCAAGAACAUCAAGCUUGGAAUCCACGAGGAUGCUCAGAACCGCAACGUUCUUGCCAAGCUCCUGAGAUACAACUCGACCAAGUCUGUUGACGAGCUUACCUCGCUCACCGACUACGUCACCCGUAUGCCCGAGCACCAGAAGAACAUCUACUACAUCACCGGUGAGAGCUUGAAGGCUGUCGAGAAGUCGCCCUUCCUCGAUGCUCUCAAGGCCAAGAACUUUGAGGUUCUCUUCAUGGUUGACCCCAUUGACGAGUACGCCAUGACUCAGCUCAAGGAGUUUGAGGGCAAGACUCUUGUCGACAUCACCAAGGACUACGAGCUCGAGGAGACCGAGGAGGAGAAGGCCCAGCGCGAGGCUGAGGAGAAGGAGUACGAGUCGCUUGCCAAGAGCCUCAAGGAGAUUCUCGGCGACCAGGUCGAGAAGGUUGUUGUCUCGCACAAGCUCGUCGACGCCCCUGCUGCUAUCCGCACUGGCCAGUUCGGCUGGUCUGCCAACAUGGAGCGUAUCAUGAAGGCCCAGGCUCUGCGUGACACCUCGAUGUCGUCGUACAUGUCGUCGAAGAAGACCUUCGAGAUCUCGCCCAAGUCGCCCAUCAUCAAGGAGCUCAAGAACAAGGUCGAGGCCGAUGGUGUCAACGACCGCACUGUUCGGGAUCUGACCACCCUUCUGUACGAGACCGCCCUGCUCACCUCCGGCUUCUCGCUCGAGGAGCCCAACUCUUUCGCCAGCCGGAUCAACAGACUUAUCUCGCUCGGCCUCAACAUCGACGAGACCGAGGAGGAGGCCCCUGCCGCUGCCACCGAGGCUGCUACCGAGGAGGUCGCUGCCGAGUCCGCUAUGGAGGAGGUCGACUAAACGGCUUUUGAAGAUGGUUUACCAAAUUAGCAUUGCUUCUUUUCCGAACAACUCUCAUUUCUUUCAAAUGUCUAUAUUUUCUCUUUGUGUUUAUUGGUUUACUUUUCAUUUGCGUUGCGUUUGUUUGUAACAAAAUUUCGGUUAGUUAGUCAAAAUGGGAUCUUACGAUAUGAUUAAUGAAAAAAUCAGU